AUGAAUGGUCGAUUCCCGAGGGGGAUAACCCUCUUUACCCAUGAGAACCCUUGGACCGUCAUUAUCUCGACGCUAUUGCUCGGAGUCGUAAUCGGAACAUUCUCUUUCGCUGCUGCUCACUUUUCGGCAAGAAGGACUGUGAAGAAGGCAGUGCCAAAUCAGAAGGAAAAGGAGGAAGAGGAGGGCGAUAAAAUUGAGCACGCAGACCCCCAUAUCCCAGCAGCCCUGCUCGGCUGUAUUGACAAGAAAAUGAUCGCGGCGUUGCGAAAAGGCAAAGAUCUCAUCAGGCAAUCGGAAGACGGCAAGGCGCUGAUCGAGACAAAAUAUCGGUUCACGAUGGAUGCGGAGAACGAGGAAAAAGAGGAAGAGGAAGAAAUGGAAUUGAAGCCAAAGAAGGAGAUGAACAUCAAGGGGAAGAAGGGCAAGAAGCACAACAAUAAUAACAAAAGGGAAAAGAAAUACAAAGAAAAUAAGGAGAAGGAGGCGGAUAAGAAGGAAAAGAAGACUAACAACACUUUUGAUCGCACACUGAUCAACACCGACAUGGCCCUCGACAUGGACCUGAGCAGUCUGGCCGAUGAGGAUUUAAUCGGGAAACUGGGCGAAUUGCAUGGCAAGCUGAAAACCGCAGAAAUUCGUGCGAAAUCCCGAUCGAUUGAGAAGCGGAUGAGCGAUGAACAGAGGGAUGAGGAAGCCAGAAUCCGCCAACAACAAAUGGAGCAAAUCUACCGCCUAAUGAUGGCUGACGAACAAAAAUUCGGAAUUCACGACAAGGGGGAAAUGGAGGAACAAUUGAAGCUGUAUUCACUG